GACUCGAGUGUAGCCGGAGACGCAUCUGUACCUGAACGCCUGUCUGCACACGUGACGCUCGGACCCGCAGCAUGCAGCAACCGGGUCGGCUGAGGCUGAGGCCGUGGCUGGAGGAGCAGAUUCAAUCAGGGGGUUAUCCAGGGGUCAGCUGGCUGGACCAGUCAGCACAAAUCUUCCAAAUCCCAUGGACACACGCUGCUCGCCAUGGCUGGAGUAUUGACCGAGAUGCUACGCUCUUCAGGAGCUGGGCCAUGCACACUGGACGGUACCGUCCAGGCAAAGACAAGCCAGAUCCCAAGACAUGGAAGGCCAACUUCCGCUGUGCCUUGAAUUCUCUGCCGGACGUCUGUGAGCUGCGGGAGCACAGCAGGAAGAGAGGCAGCAAUGCCUACAGAGUGUACAGGAUGCUGCCCAGCGCACAGACACACAGACGCAGGAGAGGGCUGCGGUUCAACAGGCCCAGAGAGAGACGGGCGGGUCCGGGUGACGACACAUGCACCACGCACGCUUGGCCAACAGCCACGACAAUAAGACUCAAUUCAGACCCGCCGCCGAGGGUUGAGACGGCUGCAGAGGAAAUAUCCAGCAGCACAACAACCCAUGGGAUGUGGGAGGCCAAACCAGAGGAGCAGGAAGAGAAUGAGGCCGUGUUCAAGUUGAUGGAGCAUUUGAACAACGCCGACCUCUGGAACCCAACCGGGGAGCAGAGGAAAUGGAGGACUCACACACUGUGGGACCACUGGCACUGUGCGGGCGACGACAACUCGUACUCUCUCCACCCAGAGAACUACAGUGAUCUGCUCGGUCCAAACUCCUUCAAGGAGCUCUCUGAUUGGUCCUCGAACCAGCAAACACUGAUGUAGCUGAGCCCCAGCGGCUCCAUAUCUUAAGCAAUUCCUCACAUCCACGUGUUUUUGAUUAAAAGUCGUUGUUUGUUUCUCUUCGCGCUUCCUCGCUCACCCUCUCAGCUGUGGUUCCUCCCGCUGGCUAUCUGCUGAGCUGACCACUGACAGAGAGAAACUAGAGAGGCAGAGCGGACAGAUGCAAUGCUGUGUCAGUCCGUCGGUCGGUCGUCCUCCUCUCUGCUGAGCACGCCGACAUCAGGAUCCAGUUCCAAGCCAAGCUUUACCAAGCCUCAUCGCCACUGGGGUUGACCGUGGUUCAGUGGCUCAGACUCACCGCAGUGACACCAAGCUCACACGACAGCUCGCAGAGUAAACAGAUACCGUUUCCUUUCAGUGCUGGUCCAGUUAUUACUCGGCUGUCUUUCACUGGAUGUUUAGACAACACACCUUAAGUUAAAGUACAUGUCACCAGGUUUGUCUUCUGAGUGGAGUUCAAUCCUCACCUGAGUUACAAUAUAUAUAUAUAUAUAUGUAUUUUUUGUCUCUGUGUGAUUUACAUGAUUUACUUUUUCCAGCAA